AUGUACACCCGCACGACCGCCUGCCGGGGCUACGCGCAGCGAGUCGCCCGCCACCAGGCCGCCCACUCGCAGCGUCGGGGGCUUGCCGCGCCCGCCUCGGGCUCGUUCCAGUACCAGUCGGGCGAGGCCAAGGGCGUCAAGUUUGCGAGCAGAGACUUUGCCGGGCCCACGACGACGCUGGCCCUGGUGGCCAAGGCGGGCACGCGCUUCCAGCCGCUGCCCGGCCUGACCGAGGGCCUUGCCAACUUUGCCUUCCGGGGCACCGAACGCCGCUCCACGCUGCGCAUCGUCCGCGAGUCGGAGCUGCUCGGCGCCAGCCUCAACGCCUACCACUCGCGCGAGAACCUGAUCCUCGAGGCAAAGUUCCUGCGCGACGACCUGCCCUACUUUGUCGAGCUGCUCGGCGAGGUGGCCAGCUCCACAAAGUACCAGCCCCACGUCUACAACGAGGAGGUCCUGCCGCUGAUCCACUUCGCCCACAAGCGCUUCCUCGCCAGCGUCACCGACAUGGCCGUCGCCUCGGCCCACAGCCUCGCCUUCCACCGCGGCCUCGGCAUCCCCACCGCCUCGGCCUCGCAGACGCCCUACACGAAGUACCUCGACGCCCAGACCAUCGAAUACUACUCCAAGAUCGCCUACGCCAAGCCAAACUUCGCCGUCGUCGCCAACGGUGCCGACCACGGCGAGUUCUCCAAGUGGGUCGGCGAGUUCUUCGACAACGUCCCUGCCGCGCCCGUCGACGAGUCGAGUGUUGGCAGCCAGCAAUCCAAGUACGUUGGUGGUGAGGAGCGCAUUGCCCACGACGGCGGCAACGCCAUGGUCAUUGGUUUCCCCGGCUCCAGCUCCUUCACCGGCAAGUUCUACCAGCCCGAGAUUGCUGUCCUUGGAUCCCUGCUCGGCGGCGAGUCUGCCAUCAAGUGGUCCGCCGGCUUCACCAUCCUCGGCCAGGCUGCGUCCCCAGGCACAAAGGUCAAGACCACCAGCGCCAUCUACUCCGACGCAGGGCUCCUCUACACCACUAUUGUUGGUUCCGCUCAGGGCGUCGCCUCCACCGCAAAGGCUGCCGUCGAGGCCAUCAAGAAGAUUGCCUCGGGCGAGAUUUCGAGCGAGCAAAUCGCAAAGGCAAAGGCCGCCGCCAAGUACAAGGAGCUCGAGCACGGCCAGGACGUUCGCGCAGGCCUGGAGCUUACUGGAAACGGACUGGUGCACAACACAAAAGCGUACCAGAUUGACGACGUUGCCAAGGCUAUCGAUGGCGUCACAGAAGAGACCGUCAAGAAGGCUGCCAAGCAAUUACUCGAGAGCAACGCCACAGUAUCUUCUGUCGGUGACCUCUUUGUGCUGCCGUACGCUGAGGAGAUUGGUCUCAAGGUGUAGAUAUAGUGACAAUGAGGAGCGAACUAGUGGAAAAUCUCGUCGUUUGGCUCAGAG